AACCGUUAACAAUAAUUAGCUCAUACUCUAUACAUUAUUCAAUGAGUGUUUUUCCAAAGCUGUUCAUUGCAGAAUCUGUCGAAAUAAUUUUAAGGCACGGGUCAGUGACCCUGCCUAAUAUUCUCAAGUCCUGAAACGGCGGACUGUCUUCACCAACUGAUAUCCUGGAAUGGAGAGGGAGGUUAGUGCAUUUCAAAAAAUCGGAUAGCAGUUCAAAGAAUUCAGUUCAGUAAUUAAUAUGCUAUUUUUGAGAAAACUGUUCACUAAAUCGCAUCAAUUACAAAAUUAUCUGGCGCUGCUUUGGCGUGAGUGUAGAUUAUUGUUCGGUCUAAAGUAAUUCAUGGAACACAAAAGGUCCUUAUUGUACAAUUAUAUUGUCAUUAUAUUGCUAUUAGUUUGUCAAAACUGUUAGCAUGAUAGCAUCACUUACAUAUCUUGAACUGGUAUGAAAGCAAUGAAGUUCAUUUUUCACGGCUAAAAUAUGUGCAAUUUUGUGUCCUAGUAAAGCUGACUCCGAAUUGCAAAGCUCCAAAGUAAGACAAUUGCUGGUAUUUUUAGUAAACCAAUUUCAGUGGAAUGCUGACUUGUUGUAUAUUUAAACCGCCGGCCGAAGACUCUCGACAGGACUGAAACUGACUGUUACGUUCUAUGGACAUCCUGAGAGGACGAAUGUGGGGGUUCACAGUUACAAUAGUCUUUCUUGUUCUCGCCAUCCACGGGGUGAGGUCUGCUCGGCGUAUUGACGCCAAUGUCCAUCUUCAAAAUGCUCUGUACAAGCGGCAGCUUCAGAUGGCGGAUAUGACGUCAGACAUGUCCUGGCGGCUGCGCAGACAAACAACCCCGAUUGCCAUGACGGAGCUUGACGAGGUGAUGGCCUUAGGUCCGAACUCAGCCCUGGAGGUCACGAGGUCAGCGACAACAGUCCAGGGCACAACAUUGUGGCGUCUACAAGAGACUUUUAAAGGGAUACCUGUUGACGAUGCGGUCCUUACGGUGGAAACAGACGGCACAGGCCAGCACGUGCAGGAUGCCAGUGGUGUUGUGUAUCAGGGUAUAGAGGACGACACAGACGGUACUACAUACAUCGACAGCGAUACCGCAGAAACCAACUGCCUCGAUUAUAACAAUCACAUCCACUUUAUAGGCAACGUCCACAAACUCACGAGUGAGUUCAAAAUAUUCCUGAACGAGGAGAACCGUGCAUACCCCGGGUAUCUCGUGCAGUACACCGUUCUCGUGGAUUGCAAAGAGCACCGGCCCACGUGCAUCGUCAACGCGAGAGAUGGCAAUGUCGUCGACAGCAAGGACGCCGAGGAGUCGUCCCGGAAGUGUAAUGCCAAAGGCACGGGAGGUAAUCGCAAGAUCGGGAAAGUCCACUACGGGGAACUGCAGAAAUGCUUGCAGGUGACGCGGAUAAACGACACGUGUUACGCAGAAAAUAAAUACGUUAAGGUCAUUGACAACAAAAGGUCUUGCAUAACGGACCAAGAUAGUGAAGCUGCUUCCUACAACUGUCAGGAAGCUAAGGACGGGAUCAACGGGGCGUACUCGCCCCUUCUGGAUGCUCUGUUUCACGGUACAGUCGUAGUCAGGAUGUUUGAGGACUGGUACAAUGCCUACCCGUUAAAGGAUAAGGUUACAAUACGGGUACAUUAUGGAAAAUACAUAUCCAACGCCUUUUGGAAUGGCAAAUACAUAUUGUUAGGUGACGGCAGCAGCAGAGACUUUCCAUUUGUGAAUCUGGAUACUUUAGGACAUGAGAUCGGACACGGGGUCACGGAGCAGUUGUCAGGGCUUAUAUACAGCGGCCAAUGGGGAGCCCUCAAUGAGGCGUUCUCGGACAUGAUGGGAGAAACUAGCGAAGCUUAUCUGUCGGAGACAGACUGGGUUGUUGGUCGAGAGAUCCGAAAAGGUCCACAACCUCCAGCACGUUUCUUCGCCAAUCCCUCUGAUGAUGGCCACUCUAUAUCCCACGUUGACAACUACACCGACGGUCUCGAUGUACACGAGGCCAGCGGCGUGUACAACCGGGUUUUCUAUCUUCUUGUUCACGAAUACCAACAGUCCAUCAAAGAAAUCUUCGGAGUCUUUCUGCUCGCCAACCGAAUGUACUGGCAUCACAUGUCUGACUACCACAGCGCUGCCUGUGACGUCAUGAAGGCUGCCUACGAUCUGGGUCAAGAUGGCGCUCUCUUCCGCCGAGCUUUCAAAGAGGUCGGAAUAGACGUCUGUGACACAGAAACUCAUGUCUUGGGUCUACGGAAUGAUAAGGUUUACGAGAACAUCACGGUGUCCGUCGAUGUGACCCCUGUUUUCCGUUACGUAUUUCCAGCUAAAAGUGAGUACACGGACUACAGCGGCGUAAACAUCAGCGCCAGCAGCUACUAUGGAGACGUGCACAUCGUCCUGACCACAGAGGGCUGGGAUGCUGAUGAGGAAGAUCAGGAGAUAUUAGCUGAGGAGGACAAUUUCUUCGAAGGGUCAUUUGAAACGGGUAAAACUCCUUUUCCAUUCUACAUCUGGUUGACAACAGAGUCUGAUGUUCCUCUCACUGACGUCACGCUUUGGGUCUCUCCAUUCUGACUUCAGUCACUGGACGCACCUGCAAAGUAGUCGUGCAGUAUACUAGACCCAAAUGUAGCUGACAACAGACAAGGAGAAGAGAAACACGUGGAGGAUAUAAUUAUGUAACAGCUAUUCUCUCUUAUAAUUUUCUCGCACAUUUGACUCAUUGACAUCACAUUUCUUCCACUACUUUCUCUCUUUUGUUUGUCAUCUUGACAAAAUACAGUAACUUCUCAAUUAGUUUAGCUGUCUGAGCCAAAGAUAGAAUGGCAAAAAUGUAGAGCUUGCAUAUAAACUAAUGUUGCUGGAAACUAUGCAGCGUAGAGAGAUAUUAUUGGGUAGUGUUUUGUAGUGUUUUGUGCUAGUUUUUUGUUCCAUUCUGGUUUAUCUUUUUACCAUAAAUUGUGUUUAACCCUGUGGCUCAAUUAACCGGGAAAUAGAACUCAUUAUUAACAGCUCCAGUCCGACUUUGUGUUUGU